GCUUUGGGUUCUGAAGAACAACGUUCAUUCUCUGAUUGUCGUGUCUGAUAAAAACCCAUGUCUGGAGAACUGGAGUGCAUUUGAACAAGUGUGGGAGAUACUAUUUCUCGGAUCAACAAUGCAGAAUUUCAGCAUCAUUGAUCAUGACUUGUGGUUGAAAAGGCGACGUUGAUAAACUCACAUCAACAGAUAAUCCUUUCAGAAGUCGUGUUGCACGAGCACUAUGUAUAAUAAACAUGUUCGAGCAUGUAGUGUUUAAUAUGCUGAAAAUGGGUAGGGUCGGAGCAUUCAUGUAUGACUGCAUGUUUUAAAAGGAUUUCAAUAUGUCUCUCAGGCUCUUCUCGGUCUCAGUUGCCUUGGGCCACGUCUGAAGAAUAAAGAACAUCCGGAUGUAUCCUAGUGUUGUGUAAACUGCCUAGAUAAAGAAAGUAUCACACACCCAUGAUUGAUGAAGCAAACAACGAAUGGCUUUCCGAGGGGGAUAUUUUGACGUUGAUAUAGUAUACGUGUUUGGGGCUUUAGGUUUCCAGUGGUUCAACGACUGUUCAGUAAUGUUUUGAGAACAUUUGUUUAAAAUACAAAUAUUCAAAAUGGUGUAUGCUUUUGUUUGUCCCGGAGAUACACCAUUGCUAUGGUAACAUCAUCCCCACGUGAGCAGGGCUUCCAAUUAACGACAUGAUCACUCUGACCGCAUGUGUCACCACCGACUAACGUCCUACCACAGACUGCAUUCUGCUGCUGCUGCUGUAACUAUCCGAGAUGAACCCUUGUAUAAUCGUCGGAAUCAGCGUCCUCAUCCUCAACACGAGAGCAAAUGUGUUCCACCUGAGAAACUGUAUAGACAUGGUUCCAUCUGACCUGACAUCAGUUGAACAGACCUCCUUACAACCCUACCGUGUCACAGUUUCAACCACGGAAUAUGAAGAUGGCGAACCCGUUAAUGUGGUACUUUCCUCCACGGACGCUUCGACCACGUUCGUGGACUAUUUUCUACAAGCUAGAUGUCUCACCUGUUCUAAUCUGACGGUGCCUGUUGGAACCUUCACCAUCCCUACCGGACAGCCACCCAGCGAGAUACUCGCCUGUUACAAUACAAUGGCCGCCGUGACAGCAUCAUCCACAGAUCCCAAGACAAGUGUGACCUUCACGUGGUUGCCGCCUUCUGGCUUCACGGACGUCGUUAUCAUGCGAGCGACGUUUGUUAAACACAGCACACUUUGGUGGGGAAAUGUUGUUUCCCAGACAAUGAACGCCAUGUCAGUGCCACUAGAAAUUGAUGUUACUCUAGCCGUGACACGCCCACGUCCGACACGUCCGACACGACCGACACUACCCACGACAACAUGGAGCCCGUCAGCCUCGCCCUACACUGCUGCAACAUCGUCACUUGGUCUGACACUAGGGCUUCUCCUGUACAUGCUCUUUGUAUUCUAAAUAUGUGUAGCAUUUACUGACCAUAGCUCGAUAAAACGGAAUCCAACAGGAUUAGAAACAAAAAAGUAUAUUAGAAUCGUCUCUAAUAUUACUGAAGUUAAACUUUCAUUUCAUAACUUGUUUUAAAAGGCCUCUUAAAGUAUUGACACCUGAUUUUAGUACUGAACAUUUUGUACCAGUCAGGAAUAAAUACAAUGAUAUAA